UGCAAGACCUCAAACACCCAGUUUCAUCUCCCAGCCCACAUAAGGUUACCAACAAUGGACACUGUCUACUCCGACAUGGACACCUCAAGCUGUGACUACUCCUUUACGCACACGGAUGACGAGGACUCGCGCAGCAGCAUCCACCCCGCGUCCCCCUCGUCCUCCUGCAGCAAGCCGCCUGCGUCUCCAGCUGAGCUCCAGCAGAAGAAGAGGCGCAGGGGGCGCGCCAGAAACGAAGCCACCGUGCACGUGGUGAAGAAGAACCGGCGGAUGAAGGCCAACGACCGCGAGAGGAACAGAAUGCACAACCUCAACGACGCCCUGGAUGCUUUGAGAAGCGUGCUGCCUGCUUUUCCCGACGACACGAAGCUGACCAAAAUCGAGACUCUGCGCUUCGCUCACAACUACAUCUGGGCGCUUUCCGAGACCAUCCGGAUCGCUGACCAGCGGCAGAGCAAGCCCAGAGACCCUGCGCUGCUGCUCCCAGGACUAAGCUGCAUGGGAGAUGCGCCCAGCCCCGGCGGUGACUCUUGCUCCUGGCCAUCCGGCGCAUCCUCCUCGUCUUCAUCCCCGUCUUACUGCAACUCAGACCCGGGCAGCCCCGCGGCCAUGGACGACUUUGGAUACUUGCAAACCGAUGUAGUUUACAGCUACCACAACUUCGUGCCUAGCAUCUAUUAA